AAUGCAACUAAGAUAAACAAGAUGGCAUCAAUGGCAACUAAUUUUCAAAGAUAUAGAUCUACUGAUAUACUAAAUUAGAUCUAAAACUUAAUAAAUUCUUAAUAGACCUACAUCUAAUUACCCUUCUAAGAUGUCUGGCGACGCAUCGAUUAUAAGUUAUGAAGGAGAACUGAAUGCUAUUGUCAAAGAAUACUUGGAUUUUAGUGGCUUUGAUAAAACAAAAAUAACUUUUGAAUCAGAGUGUAAAGAGAAAAACAAACCUUUACCAGAAAAAAGCAGUAGUUCCUAUGGAACAGAAAAGCUACAUUUGGCACAGGCACAGAUGCUUGAGUUUUUCCAUGAAGGCAAGAGUGAUCUAUUUUUCAAUCUCUGGAGGAGCAACAUGCAUCUAUCUGAACAAGACAACAAAAGUCUUUCACAGAAGAUUGAAUUUUAUUUGAACAUUUACUUUGCAAUUUAUCCAAUCAAAUACAACCAGUCACAAAAAGACAAAGAAGAAGCAAUGAACAAUUUUAAAAAGUAUAUUGAAAGCAGUGGAGCUACACUUAGUCAAACAACAGAGUUUCUACCUUUCUACGCUUUACCAUUUGUUCAAAAUCCUAAAUCUCACCCUUCAUAUGCAGAAUUAUUUUCAGAAAAUUGGACGAAAGAUAUUAAAGCCAAACUGGAGACAUUUUUUUCUUCAACUCUCACAUCCACACCACAGCCAAAAUUAUAUGAACUUUAUAAUGGUUCAGAUGGAAAAGGUUUAAGACAAAAAAAUCUUUUAUUGAGCCAACAAGUUGUGGAGUCAGAAAAAAAAGCAGCUGCUUACUUGAAGCGUCACAGCAAAGUUCAAUCAGACUAUCACAAUCUGAUAGGAAUUACUGCAGACCUGGUUGAUGCAUUGGAAUCUACAGUGCAAGGAAGACAUAUAACACCAGAAUACCUGCAACAUCUUUGUAAUCGGCUCUUCUCCUCCCACAUGCGCUCAUCUGUGGAUAUUUCAAGGCCAGGCACUGCUGGGGAAGCACUUCGAGCAUCAGUUAUUCCCUCUUUGUUACCAUCUGUUAAUUCAGAAGAAAAUUACCCUCCUUUGGAUUUCAAUCAAAUCAAGAAUCAAAUCAGAGAUGCAGCGGAUCGAAAGAAAGCUUUAAUCUUUCAAGCUCUACGUUGGCAUUUAACCCGAACUUCUGGACCCAAGCGAGACCAGAUACUCAAUGCUUACAUUCAGAAUGAUAUUCUGGGCUGUACUCAUCCGGGACCUUUUAGGGAAACAAUAUUGAAUCUUCUCCAGACUGGUUCUGUUGUGGUCAAACAAUAUCUGGCCAGAUUUUACAAUGCAUGUGCCUCAUUGUGUGCUGGAAGGGGUUAUCUCUCGUCAAAUACAGACUUAUUGCCAGCUUUAAUGGAUGUCCUCAAAGGUGAUGUUAAAGAUCACAUGGCUCAAGAAAUGGUUCUUGGAGCUUUACAAAAACUUAGUCUCAGGCGCCAGCUCCAGUCAGCAAUGAUAGACAGGGGUGUGAUCGAGUGGCUUGUGGAUGUCCUGGAAGAUAAUGAUUCAUUGUCUGAUUACACACUGGAGUAUUCUAUUGCAUUGUUGAUGAAUCUUUGCCUCAGGACUGCUGGUAAAAAGAAAUGUUCUUUAAAAGCCCACCAGACUCUAAAAGUUCUCAGUGACCUACUUGGUCAUGACAAUACUGAGAUUCGCCCUUAUGUCAAUGGAGCUCUCUAUAGUAUAUUAGCUAUACCAGCCAUUAGAGAAGAAGCAAAAGCUAUGGGUAUGGAGGAGGUUUUAAAAUGUUUUAUAAAAGAAAACCAGCCAGAUAUGAACAGACAGAUUGAAUUUAUAAUCAAACAAUUAAAUUCAAGUGAAAAUGGUGAAGAGUUUGACUCAGAUGAAGAAGAGGAAGAUGAAGAUGAGGAAGAAGAUCAGGAGAUGCUGGAGGCUGAUCUUGACAAGGAUGAAGUCCUCAGGCCACAACAAGGGGAGUUAUCUGGUGAAGGUCUUUUAAGACAGUUUACAUUAACACAACCACCUAACACAGCCAGUCGCAGGAAGAAGAAGUUGACAGAUGAGCCCUUACAAAGGCCAGCAACUCCUGGGAACAGACGCGUUCAUGACAAUUUAAAUAAGAACAAUAAUAAUGCCCCAAGUGUAAGGAAAACUACACCAACAGAAAAUCCUUCGUUUGGUUCAGAAACAAAUCUUGCAAGACCUCCAACAAGAAGUGGAAGUCGACCUGCUUCACAAGAAUCUUCUCACAAUGUUGAUGUCAGACCAUCUAGUCAAAACAGAGCUCUCCGCCCUUCUACAAAAUCUCUAGAGAAGGUUGGACCUAAUGCCAAUAUCAAUGAGUAUAGAACUGCCUUUGGAGCCAAACCAAAAAUACCAAGAACACCAGAAGCAGGAUCCUAUUCAUCCAUUCGAUCACCCAAAGAUUUGCCUCCUCAGCCUCAAUUUUCUGAAUCAGGGCCGAGGCCAAGUUCAGCGGGUAAAAGUAGUGGCAGCCCUAGGAAAGGAUCAACAUCAAGCACUGGAAAAAAUUGAAGUUCUAACAUCUUUUGUGAACAUGUUGUACCAGUUAUUUUUUUCUAACAUGGUCAAAAUAUUAUGCUAAUUUUGUGGUUAUUUAUCAUUGUUGUCAUUAAGAUCUCUUCAAUCAAUUUGUUUCUAAGCAGAACAAUCAUAUACAAUUGCAUUCUGCUAAAUAUUUUCUCCAAAGAUCAACUUUCACCAUUUCUUUAGCUUUGCCACUAUUGGUAAUACACUUCAAGCAGGUUCUGUAUGUUCUUAUUUACACACAUUUCACUCAAAACAAUGAACUUGAGAAUCACUGUAUAGAUAUGUUAUUAUGUCAUAUUUAUUCAAAUAUACAAAUUGUACAGUGUUUUGAGACAAAACGUUCACCAACAGUCCUGACUGGUACAAGUAUAAUGAUAUGAUUCUCUAAUUUAGUAAGUCACUGACAUACUAAGGAUGCUUACACAAAAAUUGCACAUAAGUAUUGAAUAUAUGUAUAGAACUAUGUACAUGAUUGAAGCAGAUCAGCAGCAAGUGGUCAAUGAACCAUAAUAUACGAACUUUCCUAAACAAUGGAUUUAAAGGACAAAUAUACAGUGGCAUAAAAUACUCUUGUAACUAACACAACAGAACAUAUCUAAAUGUUUGUUUUGUUCCAAACCAUUUAAUGUGAUAUCAUUGGAACAUAUUAUCUUUACUUUAUGACAGAGAUAAAAACAUUUCUGUAUUCAUCAUGAGGUUUAAUUCAAAGCAACAAUCAAAAAACAAAUUCUACUUGACCAGUUAGGCAAUUCUGUCUUACUGUGUCUGCACUAUGUUGUAAUAAUCCUUGUGGUUAGUCAUUAAAUAAAACCUAGUUGUAACUCAAGUGUAACUAUCCUGAUUACAAUAAAAUGAAUAAACCCUCAGCCCAAGUUUCUAUUUCCUAUCAAGUGUAUGCCCAUUUAUAUAUAUGCUAUACAAUUAUAACAAAAAAAAAUAUCUGACAAUAAUUCUGAUGUGCUGCUUUGUUUUGAUUCAAGCUAUUAAAAAAAGUUAUAAGUUAUGUACAAAUGUAUAUCAUUUACAGAAACCACAAUAAACUUUGUUCAAACUUU